AUGGCCUCUGAAAUGUCUGCUGCCGAGCGAAUGGCUCGCGAGCAUGCCGUCACCCACCAGGCCUACAUCGAGCCUGAGGACGCCGAUUCCCCUGCUCCUGCCGCCGAACCGUCUUCUUCCCGAGGCCCUACCGCUGCUGACAAGGUCGCGGGAAAGCAGGCGAACCCAAAGGCUCUCGAUACCGAGUCCCAUGAGCUCUUCCCUGAGCUUGGAUCGUCCAAGGGCAAGAGUGCUGCCAGCGCCGUUCCGACCUGGGGCGCCAGGGCCAACGGCAAGGGCGCCAGCAAUGGCGCUUCUGCUGGAGCUCCUGGCCCAGCCAUUGCCUCUGUCGCGACGCCUGCUAUGACUCUACCUGGUCGCAAUGUUGAGACGAUUACCAUUGACCCGCAACACAUUCUUCCUCGACAAAAGCUCCGACGACCCAUUCCCGAUAUCAUCAAGGAUAUCAAUAAGAGGUCUCGCGCUAAGAUCACCAUGUCUUCCGCUGCCAAUGGACGCUACAAGUUCGAAGCUGCUGGCCCACAGGAUGUCGCACAGCAGGCUUUGAAGGACUUGGUUUCCCAGAUUGGCAACAAGACUACCAUUUCCGUUGCCAUUCCCCAAUCUGCCCGUGCCCAUAUCAUUGGCAAGCAGGGAUCGACCAUCAAGGCCCUUCAAGAGAGGACUGGUGCUCGCAUUAAUUUCCCCAAGCUUGAGGAGACACAGGCUGCUGUUGAUGAAGACGAGGAUGCUGAGAUUCAUGUCACUAUUGAGGGCAACACUAUUUCUGCUGCCUCAGCUCGUGAUGAGAUUCUCAAGAUUGCCAGGGAGCGUGCUGCAAAUGUGCAGACUAAGCUCCGAGGUAUUCCUGCUGAGUUCUAUCCUUUCAUUGCCGGCCCCCAGAACUCUCGUGCCCAGGCCUUGGAAGAGGCCAAUGGUGUCCGCAUCCAGGUUCCCCGUCAUGCUUCAUGGACUACACUCCCCAUCCCUGCCGCUCCGGCUCCUGGUCAGAGGCCCGUCUUCUCGGCCGAGGGUGUCGAGGACCAUAUCUCGCUGGCUGGUGAUCGUGCUUCGGUUCAGAAGGCCCGCGCCGAAAUCGAACGCCUUGCCUCCGAGCUCGAGAAGCAGCUCCAUAUUGAGCAGUUCUCGGUGCAGCGUGGUCGCCAUCAAUUCAUCGUCGGGAACCUCGGCAUUCCUGCCGAGGACUUCUUCGCUGACACUGGCUGUCACAUUCUCCUUCCCGCUGAAGGUGAGGAGGAUACUGUGACGAUCAUUGGUCCUGCUGCCAAUGUCUCGGAUGCCGCCGAGAAGGCCAUGGAUCUCGCCUUGGGAAUGCAGUGUUCCAACUUUGAUAUUUCUCGAUUCCACCGUGGUGCUCCUAAUGGCGCGGCUGUCCAUGCCCAGAACGUGACCCGCUACCUCCGUCAGCGCCGUGAAAUCGAGCGUCUCGAAUCGCUCUACAAUACUCGUAUCAACACCCCCUUCUCGGAGCAUGGCUCCCUCCCUUGGGAGAUCUACUCUCGUGACGGCAAGAACUCCAUUCGCGCCCAGUCUGAGAUCACAUCGAUUAUGAGCGGGCAUCCUCCUUCGCGUAUUGAGUCCGUCUCCGUGGAUCCUUUCUUCCAUUCUCACAUCUCCAAGAAUGUUACUCCCCGAGUUCAUGAGGACUUUGGAGUUCACAUCGUUGUUCCCGAGCCGUCUGAGACUGGCGCUCCGAUUCUCCUUGUAUACGAGGGUCCUUCCUCUGCCGAUGCUCCCUACCAGGUUCCAAAGACCCCCCCCUCUGCUGAGGAUGCUCGCAUCUUCCAGCGGGGCCUAGAGGAUGCUCGGAAGCACAUUCUUGACCUCAUCAACAAGCAGGAGGAGAUCAUCUCCGUCUCCAUUGAUGUUCCUCAGAAGUUCCAUGAGCGUCUACGACGAUUCAUCAAGAAGGAGCAGGAGCGUCGUGAUGAUGACCAGAUCCCUAUUAGGGUCUCGUCGAUCGGCACCAAGGUUACCCUCCGCGGCCCGGCUGGCGCCGUCAACACACUGGCGGGCAAGGUUGAAAAGUUUAUUGAGCAGGAGAAAGAGGACGAGAAGGAACGUGGCUUCACCAUGUCUUUCGAGUUCCCCCAGAAGUUUGCCAACCACCUUAUAGGUAAGGGUGGCAGCAACAUCAGGGAGCUUCGUGACAAGUUCGACGUUGAGAUCCAAGUCCAGGAUGGCAAGGUUGAGCUCAGGGGUCCCAAGGCUAAGGCCGAGGCUGCCAAGUCGCAUAUCCUGAACCUUGGUCGCACUUUGGCGGACGAAACUACCCACGUGCUUAAGAUUGACCCCAAGUUCCACAGGGAGCUUAUUGGCAAAGAGGGUACUCAGAUCAACCGUCUCCAGAACCGAUACAAGGUUCUCAUCUUCUUCCCCCGCUCUGCUAAGCCUGCCGCGGAGGACUCGGCUGCCGAUUCCGCCAGCGAAACCGGCAAGCCUGCUCGCCGACAGCAGAACCCUGACGAGGUCAUCAUCCGUGGACCCAAGAAGGGUGCCGAUGAGGCCCGUGACGAGCUCUUCUCCCUUCAUCAGUACCUGAAGGACAAUUCGUACACCGCCACCGUCACCAUCCAGCAGAAGCAGGUACCCUCUUUGAUCGGCCAGGGCGGGUCCGCUCUCGAGGAGCUUCGUUUAGCGACUGGUGCCAAGAUCGAUAUUCCUGCGGACCGUGACGUUGAGACCGUCGAGGUUCAGCUUAAGGGCACCAAGGCGCAGGUUGCGGCCGCCAAGAAGGUUCUCGAAGAGAAGAAGGCCGUCUUUGAGGAUACAGUGGUUAAGACCAUUGAUGUUGACCGCAAGCACCACAAGUCGCUCAUCGGCCCUGGAGGUGCCAACCUCCGCAACCUCGUUCUUCUAGCCGGUGGCUCGGUUGACCGCAGGGAUCUCGCAAGGACCAUUCAGUUCCCCAAACAGGAUGCCGAUGGAAACACCAUUAAGAUUGAGGGUCGAACUGAGGUCGUCGAUAAGAUCAUUGCCGACAUCCAACAGAAGGUUGCCGAGUGGGAGACCCAGAUCACCGAGACCAUCGACGUCCCCACUGAACAACAUCGUACUCUCAUUGGCCGCGGUGGUGACGUGAAGCGCGGCAUCGAGGCCCGCUUCAAUGUCGCCAUCGACAUUCCCCGCCAAGGCGAGGGCAAGACGGACAUUAAGAUCCGCGGCAAGGCCGAAAAUAUCAAAUCCGCCAAGGCGCACAUUGCGACUUUUCUCAAGGAGCAGGAGGGUGAGACUGUAAUGGUCCCCCGCGCCAAGCACCACGCCGUCUCCAACAACGGCCAAAUUUUCCGCAAGUUCCGCAACGAUUGGGGUGUCACCGUUGACCACGCCGGUCACAAUGUGCCCGCCAAGCCUGAGACCACUCGCGCCAACGGCGGCUCUCUCCCCCUUAUUACCGAUGACGAGGAUGCGGUCGCUGACUCGCACUCGUGGACUAUUGUCCAGAACGUCUCGGCCGAAGAGGGCCUCAUCCCCUGGAUUCUCCGCGGUUCCGCGGACAAUGUCGAAAAGGCGAAGAACGCCAUCCAAGCUGCCCUCGAGCAAUCUUCCAAGCAGGACACCACCGGUCUGCUCAUCCUCCCUGACCCGAGAACCUACCGCCACGUCAUUGGCCCCGGUGGCAGCAAGGUCAAGAACAUCCGUGGCCAGAGCGGCUGCAGGAUCACUGUCCCCCGCGAUCAGGCCAAGGGCGAGCCCAUCGAGAUUGUCGGCAGCAAGGAGGGUGUCGAGAAAGCGAAGGAACUGAUUCUGGCUGCUGUCAAAGAAGGCACCAACCGCUCCAGGGACUAA